AAGAAAGUCAAAGGUAUUCCGAGUGCGUAACCUUACGUGCGUAGUUCAGGGAAUCUGUGUCAACGAUGCUUUCAAUUUAUAGGUGUUGCAGGCGGUUGACAGGUGUUUCCAAGCAUUGUUUAGGAUUUCAAAGUUGUUCUGGAGGGGUAAGAAGUACCGUGCAUUGUCAUGCAUAUUCUUCAGAAAGCGGACAAGUUUACGAUGACGCAUUUUCAAGAUCGGUAAACAACCCUGCAGAGUUUUGGGCCGAAGCCUCAGAAGAUAUAGUGUGGCAUAAAAAGUGGACGAAAGUAUUGGAUGAUUCAAAUUCUCCAUUUACGCAGUGGUUUGUCGGCGGAGAAUUAAAUACCUGUUAUAAUGCACUGGACCGCCACGUGGAUGCAGGUAACGGGGACCAAGUGGCCAUCAUCUUUGACAGUCCUGUCAGCAAACAGAUGGACAAAAUCACAUAUGAAGAACUGCUGUACCAGGUUACUCGUCUGGCGGGUGUAUUGAGGAAACAUGGAGUUGACAAGGGAGACCGUGUGCUGAUCUACAUGCCUAUGAUCCCCCAGGCUAUCAUUGCUAUGCUGGCCACAGCCAGACUAGGGGCUAUCCAUUCUCUAGUAUUUGGGGGGUUCGCAGCAAAGGAGUUGGCAGUUAGAAUUGAUCAUGCAGAGCCUAAAAUUUUGAUUAGUGCUAACUGUGGGAUAGAGCCCAAUAGAAAUGUCAUGUACAAGCCCAUGCUGGAUGCUGCUGUAGAUAUGGCCACCCAUAAACCAAACAAAUGCAUCAUUUACAACAGACCAAUGUUACCAUUCUGCACCUUCCAUAAAGAUCGAGAUCUGGACUGGGCGAUGGAGGUGGAGAUGGCUAAACCAGUGGACUGUGUACCAGUAGGGUCUAUGGACCCAGCUUAUGUACUGUAUACCUCAGGAACAACCGGGCUUCCAAAGGCAGUGGUUCGACCCAGUGGGGGCCAUGCGGUAGUGCUGAAGUGGUCAAUGUGGAACAUUUAUGGUCUCAAACCAAAAGAGGUAUGGUGGUCUGCCUCAGAUCUUGGCUGGGUAGUGGGUCACUCCUACAUUUGUUAUGCCCCUUUGCUCAAUGGAAACACUACAAUAGUGUAUGAGGGUAAACCUGUGGGGACCCCUGACCCCGGUGUUUACUUCCGGAUUCUGAAGGAACACGACGUAGCAGGGAUGUUUGUAGCUCCUACAGCAAUCCGAGCCAUCCGAAGAGAGGAUCCGGAUGCUUCUUAUGCACAGAAAUAUCUUCCACUGCCAAAGUUCCGUGGUCUUUUUGUGGCUGGAGAACAUUGUGAUAAAGAGACACUGGAAUUUGCUCGGUCAAUACUGAAGGCCCCUAUACUGGACAACUGGUGGCAAACAGAGACUGGUUGGGCCAUCAGUUCCACUUGUUCAGGAUUAAACAUGUCCUUGUCCCCACCAUCAGGGGCUGCUGGCAAACCAGUACCAGGCUGGAAUGUUCAGGUUUUAAAGAAAGACUUCACACAGGCAGCAGCUGGUGAACUUGGGGACAUUGUUGUCAAACUGCCUCUACCACCAGGUGCAUUCAGUACUCUAUGGAAGAAUGAAGAGCGAUUCAGGAAAACUUACUUUGAAACAAAACCAGGUUACUAUGACACUAUGGAUGCAGGAUACAAGGAUGAAGAGGGCUAUGUUUAUGUAAUGGCUAGAAGUGAUGAUGUCAUCAACGUAGCUGGUCACAGACUCUCAACGGGUGCAAUAGAAGAAGCAAUCAUGACAAGUGAGGACAUAGCAGAGGUGGCGGUUGUAGGAAUCCCAGACACCCUUAAAGGGCAGGUACCACUAGGACUUUGCGUGUUAAAACAUGGAGUGAAUAAAUCUGCUGAUCAGGUUCUAGACAAUGUCAGAAAUAUUGUGAGGACAAAUAUUGGGCCUGUGGCAGCUUUCAAGCUGGCCGUCAUUGUCCCUAAGCUACCCAAGACUCGAGCCGGAAAGAUAGCUCGUAAUACUGUAGCUCUCAUGGCAGCUGGACAGCCAUUCAAAAUCCCAGUCACCAUUGAGGAUGCUUCCGUCUACCCGUACAUCAGAGAUUCUCUACAACAGAUAGGCUACGCCAGAGAAUACCUUCCUCAAUAGAAGAUGCAGAUGUCUAUUUACAGCUAAGGGUGGCCUUUGAAGAUGCAGGAUUCACUGUUGGUGCACCAGAGUAAACACUAUUGAAUCAUGGGAAGUACCACACCACGGAAUCAUGGGAAGUACAAUCCCACAUAUAAAGUCAUUAUCUGAAGUUCAUGACAUCCAAUUUUCUUAGGCUAACUUCCGUGAUCAAUGUGAGACUGAAGCAAUUUGUGUCUUGGUGUUAGAGUAGAUAGACUUCCUGUUUUGUAUUUUAUCAUAUUUAACCAGAUUUUAUACUUAUAUCAGGUAUGUGCCUAACACACUGCAUCAUUUAAUGAUAUCGCAGUCAAUAUGCCUUGUGUAUUUAUGUUGUACUAUAAGGGUUAAACUGUGAUACUUUGACAUUCUUAAACUACGACAUUUCUGAUAGAGUUAAAUGUAUGGCGGUAAACCUUGAUCUAUUUCCCAUGACAUGUGUUGGUUCUCACUUGAAUGUGUCCAUUUAUGGAUGAAAUUUAGUAUUACAUCAGCGAUAAAAAAAAAUGUCGACACCAGGAUUAAAUGUUAUUGGUUAUAUGAAAUUGGUGUAAUACUGUAUAUAAAUGAACAAUGCCUGUGCCAUAUCUAUUAGUAUACCUCAAUGUUUUAAAAGCAUCAUAUUUGAUAUAUUAAAAGAAAACAAUUUUUGCAUUGCUUUAUCUUGAAAAACUUUUUCGUAUUAUAUGCCUGUCCUAAGAUGGGUCGUAUUAUGGUAAAGGCUUUCCUUGUCCAUCUGCCUGUCCCUUUUUUUUUCUCCUUUUUUGUAUCUGGGUCAUAUCUGUCACACUAUGAGGCCUAGGACUAUCAAACUUGGUCAGUUUAUGUAUCUUGGAAGGUGGGGGGGGGGGGGGUUGCAAACCAAAUAUAGUUCACUAUGGCCUCUUAGAAUUAUAUGGCUAUAAAUAUUCAAAUUGUGUCCAGAUCAUAUCUUUUACACUGUGAGGCCUAGGACUAUUAAACCUGGUCAGUUGAUGUCAGGUGGGGGUGGGGUCAUGAACCAAAAAUAGGUCACUGGCCUCAUUUUGGAAUUUUAUGGUAAUAUAUGUACAUUUUCAAUUUGUGUCCAGAUCAUAUCUUUCACACUGUGAGGCCUAGGACUAUCAAACCUGAUGCAUCUUGGAAAGAAUGGUGUGUCAUGACCCAAAUAUAGGUCACUGUGACCUCCCUCUGGAAUUGUACGGCUAAAUAUUCGCAAUUUGUGUCAGGAUCAUAUCUGGCAUACUAUGAGGCGUAGGACUAUAACAAACUUUGUCAGUUGAUGUAUGUUUGGGGGAAAGGUAUGUUGUGAUCCAAAAAUAUAUCACUAUGGUCUCAUUUUGAAAUUGCAAUUGACAGAAUCACAACUUGUGACUUGAAGCAUUCAAACAUAGAUAUGCACCAUGACCAUGGAGUUAUAAAUGGGCAUAUCAUGCACCUCAGUGGUGCACUUUACUUUUAUAUUGGUAUAUGGAUUUCAAAUCAUUUGAAUUUUUUUUAAAGUAAGGACAAUUGUAAAUAGGGUAUCACAUCAAAGAUGUUAAUGAAGGGAAUGGAGGUUUACAGGGAGACAUCUCUCAGUAUUAUUACGUAGAGGGUUGUAUUUUAGACACGUUUACAUUUGUUCUGAUGCAAGGUGUAUACUACAGCAUUUUAUGCAGUAAAGUACCGGUACUGCACUGUAUACAAGUCGUAGGUCUAACCUACACAUGCUACUUCCUAUUCUUGUUAUUCGUGGUGUUUGAUCUAUACGUAAUAUGUGACAAUGAUACAAUCACGUACAAGUUUAUAUAUAUCUGUGGAUAUCUGUGUAAUUAUAAUUUGUAUGUAUUCAUAUAUUUGUAAUAAAUGCUUGAUCUGG